GCUCUGAUUGGCUGAGGUGGCGCUGCUGCUGAUGUGGUGUUCACGGCUCAGAACCUGUCCGGCUGAUUCCAACCUGUGAUUCAAACUCUUUUGUCGCUACAACAGGAACUCGCGAAACGCAGUAAAAUGCCUUAUUUCCAGACUUGGGAGGAGUUCGCCCGCGCAGCCGAAAAACUGUACCUGACAGAUCCCAUGAAGGUCAGAGUGGUUCUCAAGUACAGACACUGCGACGGCAACCUCUGCAUUAAAGUCACCGACAACUCCGUGUGUUUACAGUACAAGACAGACCAGGCCCAAGACGUGAAGAAGAUCGAGAAGCUCCACGGAAAACUGAUGAGGCUCAUGGUGUCCAAGGAGACGCACAGUGGUUCCAUGGAGACCGAUUAAAGAUGCUCUAGGAACACUGACCUUCUCGAGCACCUGGACUGAGUUCAGAGGACACAGUGAUUGUUGAGAGCACACUACCAUGGGAGUCUGAGAGAGGGGCGACGGUGAAGAGGGACUGUGGCGAGGGGGAUUUGGCCACCUACACUCAUUUAAUGCUGUCAGAGAUGCGACGUAUAUAUAUGCUGUAUAUAUUUUAUUCUCUCAGGAUUUGUUUAUGAGAAUAUAAAUUCUUAGUCAUGAAUAUCCUGUUAUCCUACUUUUCACCGUUAAGCAUUUCGAUCACAUCUUUGAUAGUAUUUAUACUAAGUAGGGAAGGCUGCUGGGGACGUUUAGGAAAUCUAAAGAUGAGGGAAGGAGUGGGGAUGGGGGAAUCGGGGACAAAACAUGUAUGAAAAAGACAAAUCCCCUGCAGCUGUCUAAGCAGUCAUGAUUUCUUAGUUUGCCUUUUAUGCCUUUUAUUUAUUUGUAAAGGGGAUAAAAAGGACGGACAGUGAGGCCAUCGCAUGUCUCACCUAUUUACAUCUUUGUUGCUAUUUUUGUUUUUCCUCGUGGACUUGUGCCACAUGGAUGAAGCAGGACCUUCUGAUUUAACUGUGGAGAAGUCGACGAUUUCAAGCCCCCAUGCCUCCAAAUGCCAUUUCUUAAACAGGAAAUAAUUGCGUUACAUGUCCAAUAAAUCUUUAUUUACCCCAGUA